GCGAGUGACACCUCUUUAGUCAAUAAAGCAUCUUUGAUGUGCGUCACUUACACCGCUUCAACCAACACUUCACAUCAGGCUAAUUACGCCGCUGCAACAAAGCAAGAUCAACAAGGGAAAUAUUUAGAAUUGUGGCACGUCUGGAAAAUGUUUUCAAAGCGGGAGGCUCGCGUUCUUGCGCUUGUUUCAACUUGAUCAACGUUAGCUUGAUGUGCUUCCUGUUCGCCGCUAGCCGCUAGUUAGCUAGCUAGCCUAGCCUUUCCGCGGCUAGCAUUCGGAGGUGCGGCACGACGGCAACACACUCUCCGGGGGCCAUGGCGGACGGCAUCAUCAGCAAAGCAGCUACCGUAGAGAUUCCCAUCAACAGCAACGGCAACACGGACGACGGCCUCGAACAGGCCACCCAGCGGCAGUGGCGUUUAGAUGACAAGUUAGGAAGCGGCAGAAACGCCGGGGAUCUGCAGCAGGUAAUGGUGUCUGGUCCCAACCUGAACGAGACCAGCAUCGUGUCGGGCGGUUAUGGCAGCCCGACAGAGGGCGGCGGCUCCGCCGGACCCGCUAAAGGUCCAAGCAGCGCCGGCGGCCCCCCCACAGACGAGGCCGCCCGAGGUGUGGCAGUGGAGAAAUUGGAAACGGUCAAGAAGUGGGGUCUCAACACGUACAAGUGCACCAAGCAGAUGAUCUCUGAGCGUUUCGGCCGCGGCCAGCGGACAGUGGACCCUGAGCUGGAGGCCCAGAUCGAGCUGCUUAGGGACACCAAGCGCAAAUACGAAAACGUGCUGCGACUGGCCCGAGCGCUGACCAAUCAUUUCUACAACUUGGUGCAGACGCAGCACGCGCUGGGUGACGCUUUCGCAGACCUCAGUCAGAAGUCACCAGAACUGAGGGACGAGUUCGGUUACAAUGCGGAGACCCAAAAGUUGCUGUGUAAGAACGGUGAGACUCUGCUGGGCGCCGUCAACUUCUUUGUGUCAGGCAUCAACACGCUGGUCAACAAAAGCAUGGAAGAUACGCUGAUGACUAUCAAGAUGUACGAGAACGCCAGGUUGGAAUUCGACGCGUACCGCUCUGACUUGGAGGAGCUGAGCUUGGGGCCUCGCGACGCAGCGGCCGUGGCCCGUAUUGACGCGGCGCAGCAGCUAUACCGAGUCCAGAAGGACAAGUACGAGCGACUGCGCUCCGACGUCGUGGUCAAACUCAAGUUCCUGGAGGAGAACAAGGUUAAGGUGAUGCACAAGCAGCUUCUGCUCUUCCACAACGCUAUCUCGGCGUAUUUCGCCGGCAACCAACAGCAGCUUGAGCAGACGCUGCAGCAGUUCAACAUCAAGCUCAAGCCUCCCGGCGCCGACAAGCCGUCUUGGCUAGAGGAGCCGUGACAAAAAUAUAUGGCAUUUCUGCUCCAUACUGACCUAGCGGAUUCAAAACACUAGCCAAUCAAAAUGGAGGAUGUGCAAAAGCCACCUUUCCAAUCAAUGUACACGACACAUUUUUGGUUGAAAGUUUUUUUCUUAUCAUUUCCAGUCUGUAUGACAUUUGUGGACCAAACCCUUUUUCUGUAGUUUUUAUUUGGAACGAUUGGAAGGCUUUCACAGUCAAGUGGAUCGGCUUGGAUGCUUGUUUGUCACUCCUUAGUUAAAUUUGAGAAAGAAACGUACAGUAUAUUGAAGAUAUUCCAAAAAUACACUCCCGUAAUGCCGAACACCGUAGACUGGCUUGACGCAGUGAGCAAAAGUGUUUGGUUUGAGGAUAGUGGCCGUUUGACAGCAAUAUCAUCCAAAAUGUGACACUGAGAGCAAGGUGUUGCCUCUGAACACGUGGAGAAAGAAUUCUCUUUUGUAGUAAAGGCGAGAUGUCUUAUUUGUGUACGGCAGAGGCCAAAGUGAUGCGUUUUUGGAAAGUGAGCACUAAAACCUCCCCUGGAAUAAAGUAACAGGAAGUCAUUUUCAAA